GUCAAACGUCAAUCAACCAAUAACAAUCAACAAAUUUACAAAUUCUAUUCUAUACCUAUCUCAUUAAAAAUAUAAUAAUUGUAAUUUGAUGUACUUAUGUAUUGAUAAAAUGACAAUAUAAAGAAAUAUACUAUAAUUGUGAAAACAAGAUUUUUCAAAAUCAAGUUAUUAGUUAAGUUAUAAUAAUUAAAAUAUUUCUUAUAAAAAAUCAUGGAUUUUAGUUCAUGCAAUCCCGCAUCCACCAAUUCAUUAAAUAUCGCUGCUAGAAAGAACGAUGUUCAAACUGUAAAACGGUUACUUGGGAAGAUAAAUCCGAAUUGUGUUGAUAAUAGAGGAUGGACUUGUCUUCAUGAAGCAGCUGCUAGUGAUAGUUACGAAAGUUUAGAGUUAAUUUUAAAGCAUCCAGAUACACGUCCGCUAGCUGAAACACACGAAGGGCACACUGCUCUCUAUCUGGCAUGUCGUCAUCGUAGUUCUAUUAAAGUAAUCAAAGCUCUGCUUGAUCAUUUGCCUGACAUGGUUAAUUAUGGUAGUACGGAAAAUGUAACUCCUCUCCAUAUUUGUUGCGCCCAAGGUAGGAUCGAAAUUGUCCAGCUUCUAAUUGAAUAUAAUGCAAUGUUAGAUGUACAAGAUUUUGAUGGUGAUACUCCACUGCAUGAUGCGGCUUUAGGCACUGAACAUGAAGCUGUUGCAGUAUUACUACAUGCUGGAGCUGAUCCAGAAAUCAGAAAUGAUGCUAAUUACACUCCAUUCCAUCUGGCAUGUUAUAAGGGCUGUUUCCAAACUAUAAAAAAUUUAUUACCAUUUGUAACUGACAUAAAUCAAAUAACAGUUCAUGGUGAUACUCCUUUAAUUUUUGCUACACAAGGAUUUAAUGAUGAAGUAAUAUCAUUUUUAUUGGAACAAGGUGCAGAUCCUAAUAUCAAAAAUGUGGAUGGAGAACUUGCCUUAACUCAAGCUUUAAAUUUGGGAUACACCAGUAUAUUCAAGAUUUUAUUAGAAGUUACUGAUAUAGAUGUUAUUGAUUAUAAUAUUAUAUUAAGAGCCUGUAAACCUCAUUACUUUAAAUUAGAAAUAUUGGAGAGCCUCCUGAAACACAAUCUAGGUCCAGAAUUCUUUAAUAUUUCUGACCAGUUUCUUGUGACUUUAGAAAAAAUUGGAAAUUUGAGACCUACUUAUGCUGUAAAUGCGCCAUUGAAUUCUUACUUGAAUAUUUGUGAGUAUAUUUUUAAGAACUCUCCAGAGAAGUUUGAAGAAUUCUUUCAUUUAUUUUUGAAGAGAGGGCUUUUGGUUGAUGCAUACAAUAUACAUGAAUGUCCACCCUUGGUUUACAUACAUUAUUGCAUGCAUUCAGCUUGCUUUGAAGAUGUUUUUAGGCUAUUCAGGCAGUAUGGUUGUAAUGUUGACUAUUGCAGUGCUGCAAAGUGUAUUGAUAAAGAGAAGUGUGUGCCUGAUGCAUUUAUUGCCUCUUUGACAUCAGACCCAAAUACAUUACCAAUAAUGUUACCGCACAGUUUAUAUUGUGAACCCGCAUAUUUAUUAACAUUUGCACAUGAAAGUGGUGUUUUGGGGAGAAUACCACAAAGUGUGCAGAAUCAUCUACUGGCAAUGAUUGGUAUUUUGAGUGAAGGAGCAACAUCAGAAACUUUGCCAUUUAUAGUUCUACCUUUAAAACAUUUAUGCAGGGUAAAAAUCAGAUCAUGUUUAAGGAAAAGUAAAACUGUCUUCACCACAGAAAAGUUCUUUGAUGUUUUAAAUAAAAUUGAAUUACCUCAAUUAAUAAAGAACUAUUUGCGAUGUGCUUGAAUGUAUAUUAUUUCAAAGAAAAUUAAGUGUGAACACUUAUUUAACUCAUAGUAUGUGAUUUAGGGCUGGUUUUCAAUAAUUGGUUAAAACUUAUUCAUCGAAUAACAUAUGAAACUAUCAUUUCAAAAAUGUGUUCUAAUUGUCCGUAUAAGGCAGUUUACAGGUGACAUUUUAAAAU